AUGGUGAGUUCUCCAAAAAUAAAGACGACAGAAGAAAAGAAGGUUCGAAAAUUGGGGGCUUUGUGCGCUGAAAAUUGCAGCAUUACGGCCAUGCUCAAGCAAAUUCUAAGCAAAAUUCCCCGCAAGUCCCCCAAAAACGAUCCUUUGGAUUCUGUUGGGAUUGAUUGUGGCAAUAAUUCUACUUACCUAGGCAAUGGAAUCCCAUCUGCAAAUAGUGGGAAUUCUUUUUCUAGUCGGUUGAAUGUUGUUAAAAGGGUAUCUUCAGCAGUAUUUCCUGCAAGCAUCAUGGCUGGAAUGGAGGCAGUGGAUCCCCAUCUGUCCUUCAAAGAUGUCUCAAAUCUGCAGAAGCAAAACCUUUUUGUCAGCAAGUUAAACCUUUGUUGCGAGGUUUCUGAUUGCAGUGAUCCAGAUAAAAAUGCUGUCCAGCAAGAUCUUAAACAUCAAACGCUUAUAGAGCUUGUUGAUUUUGUUUCAUCUGGAUCUGCUAAGUUUACCGAACCGGCAAUUGCUGCAAUUUGUAAGAUGUGUGCAAUUCAUCUGUUUAGAGUUUUUCCACCCAAGUAUCGUACUGGUAACACAGGUGGGGAAACAGAAGAUGAAGAGCCAAUGUUUGAUCCUGCUUGGUCACAUUUGCAAAAUGUGUAUGAUCUACUCCUUAGGUUUGUUAGUUCUGUUGAUGCAAAGGCUGCAAAGAAGUAUGUUGACCAUGCUUUUAUUUUGAGAUUACUUGAUCUUUUUGAUUCUGAGGACCCAAGAGAAAGAGAUUGUUUGAAAACAAUUCUGCAUAGGAUUUAUGGAAAGUUCAUGGUACUUCGGCCUUUUAUCCGAAAAGCUGUUAGCAAUAUCAUCUAUCAUUUUGUCUUUGAAACUGAACGUCAUAAUGGAAUUGCUGAGCUGUUGGAGAUUUUUGGGAGCGUUAUUAGUGGCUUUGCACUGCCAUUGAAAGAGGAACACAAAAUUUUUCUUUGGAGGGCUUUGGUUCCUCUGCACAAACCAAAAUCAGUGGGUAUUUAUCACCAGCAACUAACAUAUUGUGUCGUACAGUUCAUAGACAAGGAUCCAAGGUUGACUAGUACUGUGAUUAAGGGACUGUUGAAGUAUUGGCCUGUGACUAACAGCCAGAAGGAAUUGAUGUUUAUAAGUGAGCUAGAAGAAAUAUUAGAGUUGACUGGUAUGGAUGAGUUUCAAAAGAUCAUGGUCCCACUAUUUCGACGAAUAAGAUGCUGCCUUAAUAGCUCCCAUUAUCAGGUGGCUGAACGAGCUCACUUGCUAUGGAACAAUGAACGGAUCCUUAAUCUUAUUGCACAUAACCGUCAUGUUAUUGUGCCUCUUGUCUUCUCAGCUCUUGAGCAGAACACCCUGAAUCACUGGAACCAAGCAGUACUUAAUCAGACACAGCACAUUAGGAAGAUGUUCUGUGAGAUGGAUGAAGAACUAGUGCUAGCCUGCCAACGUAAGUUGGAGGAGCAAGACUCUAUGUCAAGUGUGGUGGCUGAGAAGCGGAGAUUGACUUGGGAGCGCCUGGAAAAUGCUGCAGAUUUCCAACCUAGAGCUGGUAAUAUUUUAGCUUCGGUAAAACCUGUCGCAUGCUCUGUUACCUGCUAA